AUGGCGGACUCCAAGUCGAAAGCGCCGGUAACAACACAAACCAACUCGCGCGGAAUCCCCGUAGCACCCUUCAUCGACAAUGUCAGCGACUAUGUCUCCUCGCGCGAUGAGGUCGAGCCGACCCUCCGCUCGUUCCAGGAGAUGAUCUCCAAGUAUCAGUUCAUGGAGGUCAACACCCAGCGCCGCGGUACCGGACUGCGCGAGAAGAUCCCGGAUAUCAAGAAGACAUUGGAGAUGGUGCGAUUCUUGAAAUUGCGCAAGGAAUCCAACCCCGAUGCCGACCUCGAAACUAACUUCGAACUCAACGAUACCCUCUACUCUCGCGCCUCUAUCUCCCCAACUGAUAUGGAAGAAGUCUACCUCUGGCUCGGUGCGAAUGUCAUGCUCGCGUACCCGCUGGACGAGGCCGAGACCAUGCUUUCUGAGAAAUUGACUGCUGCUGAGGCGAGCUUGGCUAACUGCGAGGAGGACCUGGAGUUCUUGCGUGAGCAGAUUACGACUCUCGAAGUUGCUACUGCUCGUGUUUAUAACUGGGACGUUGUGCAACGGCGGAAAGAUAAGGCCGAUGGUGGUGAUGGCCAAAAGGCUUAG